GAACACGGCUCUUUUUUGGAAGCCGUAUUCAAGGUGGUUGGAAAUAUUUUCAGAGAUGAUGAGUUUCCGACGGUUUAUCGUGCAAUGGAAAGUGGCUAUGCAGCUGGAGAGGACGUACACAACGCACGUGUGUUGAGUGGGUAUGAUACUCGCGAAAGUUCACAAUAUCUACAAACGGCUCUUAAAAGCGGUGUCCAGUUGUCGAAAGCACAAUUCUAUUCAUACGAUCUGUUAACGACACCUCAAUUACACUAUAUUGUGCGUUGCGAGAACGAUGCUGAAUAUGGUUUCCGUGGUGAGGAAGGAUAUUAUCGGACAUUCAGCAGUGCAUUCAAUACGAUGCUUAAAGUUAGUUUCUAUUGA